AUGGACGCAGAUAAAAAGAAACGCAAAAAGUGUACAUUUUUCUUUCUUCUAAAUGUUCUUCUGGAGGCUAGCGCCAUAACCGCAGUUAUUUAUUGUACACUCUUCUCCAAUUGUGUGCUGGGCAAUGAAGUCAGCGCUCCUGUAUUCAUAUUCCUUUUAUUCAUAUUUUCUGCCUUCAUACCGGAUUUGCUUUAUCUCGCACUUUCGCGUAAGCUGCAUACUUUGGGCACUGAUCCGCUGGGUGUCAUGUUUAAUUUCAUAGCUGGUGGCUUAUGCAUUCUUAUCGGGGUAGGCCUUAUGCUGGUAUUACUCGUUUUCUGCGGCUAUUAUGCUCAAUUCAUAUUGGUGAUAGCUGGUGCGUUCAGCGUUUGCUCUGGUGUUUUUCAUUUGAUGAAUGCACUUAUGUGCAACCAACGAUUACCAAAAUCGGAGAGGUACUUUAAGCAUCGGCAUCGACGUAAAGGCGCGAAAAAAGCGAGUGCCCCUAAGAAAAAGGUCAGAGAAGUUGAGGAGUCUCAGUUGGCCAGCACAAAGAGUGGACAAAAGGAUGCAAAGAAAGUGGACAAAAAAGCUGUUAAAAAAGAUGAUGGCAAGCUUGAGAGCAGCGAUGUUAAAAAGCACGAUAAACGGAGUGACAAAAAGCGCCAAGAAACGGCUACUUAUAAAGAAAUACCAAAAUCUUUACGCAUAUUAUCGGUUCUACUUUACCUCACUGGCGGCGCGAUCGAGUUAACUGGUUUCCUAUUACUCUUCUUUUAUAUAUUUUCGCUCUGCGUUUUGGGGCGCGAGAAUUCUACACGCAUUUGGUUGUCAAUGAAUUGCCUGGCUCCACCAAUCACAGCUGACUUGGUUUUCGCGAUUGGUGGCUUCAAGAUUGCGGCACACUUUUAUGCAUCCAUUGCUGUUGUCUAUAAUAUUGUCAUGGCAACUCUAUGCAUUUUAUCAGCUAUAUUUGCAUUUGCUUCAAUCACAGGCUGUGGAAAUCCUGCGCAGUUAUUAACUGUUAUUGCUGGUCUAAUGGGACUUAGUGCUGGCGGUUUGCAUAUUUUUCUCACAAUUAUUGGGUUAAAAAACCUUGAAGGCGGUGGAAAACUUUUUAAAAAUAGGCAAUCUAAAUAGAUAUGAGUCUAUACGAGUG